AUGUCAGUAAUACUCUGUACGGCCGGGUACGACCAUACGAUCAGGUUCUGGGAGGCCCUCAGCGGACUAUGCUCUCGCACCAUCCCUCACCCCGACUCUCAAGUCAACCGACUAUGCAUAUCACCCGACAAGCGGUUCCUCGCCGCUGCAGGACAUCAUACAGUGAAGCUCUAUGAGAUCAAGUCGACCAACCCUGCUGCGGUCUUGACUUUCGAAGGACAUACCGGCAACAUCACAGGCGUCGCAUUUCACUGCGAAGGCAAAUGGAUGGUCACGAGUUCUGAAGAUGGUACCGUCAAGAUCUGGGACACCCGAAGCGGCCACAUCCAACGCAACUACUCCCAUGGCGUACCCGUCAACGACGUCGUCAUCCACCCCAACCAAGGCGAGCUGAUCUCCUGCGACCGCGGCGGCAACGUACGGAUAUGGGAUCUCGGAGAGAACAAAUGCAGUCAUCAACUCGUGCCGGAAGAAGAUAAGAGCGUCGCUUCGGUGACGGUGGCGACUGAUGGCUCUCUCCUAUGCGCUGCGGUCAGCAACAGCAUGAGCGGCUCGGUGUAUGUGUGGCGCCUCAUCACUGUCCAUGAUGUCACGAGCCUCGUUCCUGUCACUCGCUUCAAAGCACAUGGUACCUACAUCACCCGGGUACUUCUAUCACCCGACGUCCUACAUCUCGCCACCUGCUCCGCAGACCACACCGCUCGGAUCUGGAAGGUCGACGCAGAAGGCAGCUCGCAAGCACCACAGCUUACGGACGGUGAGACCGGCGAUCGUGCGUUCGAGCUGGAGCAGGAGCUGGAUGGACAUCAGCGUUGGGUGUGGGACUGCGCCUUCUCGGCGGAUUCUGCGUACCUCGUUACGGCCUGCAGCGACCACUACGCUCGGCUGUGGGAGUUGUCGAACAAGAGCAUCAUACGCCAAUACAACGGACAUCACCGCGGAGCUGUGUGUGUGGCGCUGAACGACUAUUCGGAGACGAGGUGA